AUGGCGUCGACGAGUAGAAGAGAGCCCAGUGGGAGUGGGGGAGAAUCAGCAGAGAGAGGUUAUUCCUCCGAAGAGGUUGUCUAACUUUUCUCUCCUGUAGACUGUUGGGGAUCCUUCUGCUCUCCCCCUUUACUGUGUCCUAUGGCCGCUUACUUCUUUCUUGGUUUUUGGUGUGGUAGGAGGACGAAUUGGAGCGGAAUCUGGCGGAUGUUCCAUUGGGGGAACUCCAGAAGGUGCGUGCGGAUGGAUCCCAGUCUCUCGUCCAGAAACGUCGCCGUCAGGAGAAGAAGCUCGGACGGACAAAUAAGAACAGGUUUCAGUCGUUUGUGUCACUGUUCCCGCAUAUGCAUAGGCUUUUUUUCUAGUUUAGGAAUAAAUUGUUGCCAGCAAAUUUGAAUAUAUUGACAUGAAGUGGGUAUUUGGUUCUUAUCUUUGACUUUGGUGGAGAGCAGGCCAAUGGAGAUGAGCAGCAAGGUACCCGCGGGGAGGUUCAGGGAAGUCAUCCAGGCGCCAAAGAAGGUCAGCAACUGGGAUUAUAAACUUUAAAAAUAACUGUCACGUGUUUUGCAUUGAAAUUUAUCUGCAACCUGGCAAUCUCAAGGAAAUAUCACUUCAUGUGUGUAAUAAAUGCUUCAAGAUCAUUCAUAAGGCUUUCAAAACAUAAACAAGUAGCAGAUUGUAUGUAUUCAAAGGGUCUAAAGAACAACCGUUGAACCACAUUGCUCAGCACAAGCACGAAUUCAAAUGGUGGGAAAUAGAAAACUUCACAACCUAAAGAAAAUAAAUUAGUCGAAUUCACAACCAUUGAAAAAUGAAUUUAGAUUGCCCUGGCCAAGAUUGUCUUCUAUGGCCUUCUGCUAGUGCCAUUUUGGUCAACUUGUCUUUUUCUGCAGAAUUAUUAUUUAAGACUUUGUUUGCCUUUCUAGAGAAGGGUUUUGAUUUAUAUUUUAUCGGAACUUUGAAAUUCCAAGAUUCCAUUCUCAGAAACUUUGGCUGUAGUUCUCUCCUGGCUGUUUCUUUGGAACAUUAAUCAUUAGUGCACUUUUAGUCAGAAUCUUGCCUUCACUUGGUGUCUUCAUGGACUGUGAGAUGUAUUCACCCUACGAACGCAUUUAUAUUGGGAUGGAUGAAAAGGAGGGUAAGGAAGACGCAGAUGAACAAUAUUCGACCAUAUGAAAACUCACUGGCAUUCAUCUUGGCUUCCCCCAGAGUGGCUGUCUUGGUGAGGGUGCCGCUAAUCAUAUGCCGUCUUAGGGAGAUUGAAAGUGUUAUCAUCUCCUGAGUUAUCUUUUAAAACACAAACUUUGUGAUCAUUACAUCAACGACAGAUGCUUGAAGGAACAUUGAGUAAAAAGGGUCAUGUUUCUAUGUCUUUUGAUACUGAGAAACUGCAAGAUUAAUGACCAAAGUUCCCAAAAGAAAACCUACAGAUCGUCUCAUUCGUUCAUAUUUCAUCUUCUAUCAUUGGUAAAAAUGUCUUCGACUGGAUUUGUUCCAUUUUUCCUAAAGAAACGUUGCAUUUUGUUCAUUUCGUAUAUUUUUCGUCUUUUAAAUUCUAAAUUGCCUGUGUUGACAUUCUACACUGAAUGCCCUUUUCAGCCUGAUCAUGUGGGAUGUAUAUUCGAUGGAAUUAUAAAUAACUCGCACCUUGCCUAGUCUAAUGACUUGGCACAUUUUUGUUCGAGUUAUUUUCUAGAAUAGUUAUUUUCUUUGUGCUAAUGGGUCCAGUAGGCCGUAUCUUUUAAAGGAUGUCCUAGUGGUCCCAGGUCCAUGGCAUACCUGUGUAUGGACUCAAAUGCACAAGUUAUAAUUUCUUCAGUUUAAUCCUAAUUUUUUUAUUAAACUUACAAAAACUAUGCUCUGUAAUAGUUCUACAGAUCAUUAUAUAUACUAAAAGAUUAAAGAUAUUCAGUAGUAGUUUUCAAUAUUUUCUUGAGGUUUUCAUUUUUAUGAUUAUUUUUACCUUUUUAUGGUUGUCUGCCAAAUCUUUCGUAAUUAUCGUCAAAAAAAUUCUAAUUGGUUUAUACUGAGAUUUUUUUAGUCGCCGAAAGUUAUGUGCUGUGGAAUACUACUGUAUUUCCCAUCUUUUUAUUCUGUCCUCUAUUGAAAUUUAGUUUUUUGUGGAAUCAUAUAAAGGACAAAGUGAAACAAGCCUACCUUGGUUGAGAACCCGUUUUAUGAACUAUUUUUUAAACAAUCAUAUCUCUAUAUUUUUUGUUUCCCUCUGACCUAGUUAUUUCUCCAGCCUAUUAUGAGCGUUUAUAUUAUUCAUUUAAGGACUUGUUUCAGGUUUUCCGAGACCCGAGAUUCGAAUCUCUAUGUGGUUCCCUUGACGCAGAUGGGUCAGUUACUUGUAACCUUAGUUUCUAUUAACAGCUGAUUGUGCUUUAUAUUCAAUAGGAUGGUUUUUACUGCCAGCUUUCACUGUUCAAAUCGUCAUUCAUGUAAAUUUUCCUGUAUUGAAUUGACCACGUCUUGUUAGAAAAUUAUGCCCCUAUUAAUUUCAUUGUUGUUUUCUUCACUGUUUUAUAUUUUUUCUAUAUCAUGUGAACCAUGUUAGCAUUAUGAUCUAUGCUCUUACGUGGCCUCAAGAUGUGGAUCGUCACCAGUUUUUUAGUGACUCAAUUUGUGGAUACGAAUAUGGUCACAAUUUAUCUUAGGGUUCCAAAAGGGAAAGGCAAAAAUCUUAAAGAACUUGGACGAAGGCUGUGAUUGAAAUAUAUGAUACCUUUUAGAGUUUUCUGACCGUGGAAUAUUCAAGUUCCUCAGGGAACUCGAUUGAUGACGAUUGUGGUUGUGGUGUAGUGAUAGUGGUGAUGUUGUGUGCGCAUAUAAAGUUGCAUCUGCUUGUAAAAUUUGCAAUAAUAUGCUUCAAAAAUUCAUGCUCUUCGCGAUUUGCCUGGUGCUUUCAAUGUGUUCUUAUGCUGCAUUUCUCGUUCCACUGCCUGGAUCAUUUUGGUUCUGCAGAUUCAGGAAACGAUACAGUUUCAUAUUUGAUGUUGAGCUUCCAAAUGAAAAGAAGGUGCCUGCUCUUUCUUAAUGACUUAUUUCCCGUUUACAUAUUUCUAAGCCUAACUUAUGCUUUAUAUAUAUAUAUAUAUAUAUAUAUAUAUAUAAUUGUUUUUUUUUUUAAAGAAACUUCAAACGAUGGUGAGGAAAUCCAAAGACCCCAAUGCUAGAAAUGAGCUUCAACAACACAUUGAUUGGAUCGUAAGUGCUUAUAUCUUGAAUAUCUAUGUAUUGUAUGUUUCGCUAACUCUAUAAUCUGGCUGAAAAAUCUAGUUCUUCUACAGAGUCGGCUUGUGUAAAACCUUAUGAAACCUAUAAACAUUUUUACAAUAAAUCAGUGAGGAUAAAUGUCGUUCAUAUGCUAUGAACCUCUAUUUUUGUCUUAGUAGUAUUAUGUGUCCACAUAUAUCUGUACUUGAUCUUCUUUCGCUCUUUUUUGAUGAUCACUUACUCUUUUAUUAUUAUUUUUAAAUUCAUUCACCGUGCUAGGUUUUUUUUUUUUUUUCUUGUAACAAGAAAUUCAUUUUUUCUCAUAUUAAUUAAUGAAAGUCUGCGUGAUUAUAUGUACCUUCCACUCCUUUCAUUAUAAAUUUAUUAUCGUUCUAGGUUUACAGUCUGAACUUAGUUGCUAAGUUAGAGAGUUUAGGUGAUCUGGCUGGUGUACUCGCUGUCUGAACUUCCUCUUCCUUGCACACGCAGGACAAACAACUUAAAUCAGGGCCUCCUAAGAAUCUUGACGCUGAGAUCCUCUCAGAACACAAGAAGAAAGAAAGAGAAGCCGCAAAGCAAGGGAAACGGCCAUUCUAUCUGAAGAAAUGUCUGCUCCUCUCUCUCUCCUUCUCUCUCCUCCUCACACAUUCUCCAUUAACAAGUGUCUUCAGUAUGAUGUGCAUUCUUGAAUUAUUACCUGGGCAUUAUUUGAUCCAUUACUGAGGGAUUUCUUUUUUAGCUGCGUAGAGUAUUUAGGAUUUCUACCCAACUUGGAUCUCUUCAUUAAAAAUAAUUCUAGCCAGAAGACUCCCUGGUAGGAUUAUAGAGAGAUCUCAAGAAGGGGUGGGAUGACAACGGCUGAAUAUCCCAGGUCACAACUGCUAACAUUUUCUAUAUUUUUCUCUCUGCAGCUGAAAUCCGGGAACGCAAGCUGCUUCAGAAAUACAAUGAAUUGAAGGUAUAUAUAUAUAUAUAUAUAGCACAAUAUUCUCAUUGUUCAUGAAGAAGAAAGCCAGUUACUUCCUAUACUAAGCAAAUGAUAGUCUCAACCUCCUAACCUGCUUCUUAAAUUUAUUUAACAGGCUUCAGGGAAGCUGGAGGCUUUUGUGGAGAAGAAGAGGAAGAAGAAUGCCUCCAAGGAUGCCCGCUUCUUGCCUUACCGGAGAGGAGCCGCCAAGUAG